UAAAUUGUUUAAGGCCAUUCUUUCGAGUUUCGAUGAAGAUCUCAUCUUUUAGAUACAUUGAAUGCAAAUUUGUGGGUGGCUGUGACCAGAUUAUCCCUUUACGUACUUUGAAGCUGAAGUUAGAAUUGAAACUCGAUGUGAGCACGUUGGUUCUGGAGUGUAGAUUUUGCAAGUUGAUUUACAAAUCUGAAAUUAUUCAAUUUGGAAGCAAGUGCCUAUUUCAAUGUUUUAGAUCUGCUCCUCCCUCCGUGCCCUCAUCUCCCGCCUAUUUCUUGCUGUCAACUCCCACCACCGCCACCCGCGACCUCCCUUCCCCCACGACAACCACUUACCCCCGUUUGGGUCACCGGAACGACGUUUCAUUUUUUCUUUUCUUUUCUUUUUUUGUGGUAUUUUUUUUUCAUAUUUGAGUAAUUGAAGAAAUCAGUAGCAUAACCUUCCGUUUUUUUAUGUAAUCCAUGAAUCAUGGGAGUUUUAAAAUUCUGUUUCUCUUAUUUUUAUAUUUGCAUUUUCUAAUCUUUUAUUAAUAAGAAAACCUGUAAGAAAGAAACAUAGUUAGCACCUGCAUUUUUUCCCGCUGGUCUUUCGCAAAAAUUAGAAGGACAAAAUUUAAGAAUUCAGUUAUACGAAAUUAUGUUAGCAAAUAGAAGUAACAUUGUCCUCGAACAAGUUCCUUUUUUUUGCAUAUGUCUAAGGUAUUUAUGGAGAUUGAUCACCAUUUAGAAAUGCGUCAAAGCAGUAAUGAGAUACAGAAAAUUCUGCCUAUAGCAAUGCAAUUCCUAAAGAAAAGUGAAAAAGUUGAAGAAAAUGAAAAAAAAGAAACUUCUAUAGGAUUCUUUCAGUAACCCGUGAAGAUCUGCAAAUUUAUGAAAAGAAACCUUCCUUAUUUAAUUUACAAUCUGUUUUGGUCUGUUUUAUUCUGGUUCUAAUUGUGCAUUUGUGCAUCUGACUUUUGUUUUUAUUAUUCUUUGCCUCAUUCUUUCUCUGACAUGGCAAUUGCAGAUAUUUUGAAUAUUCGAUCUAUUCUGUAUCUUCCACAACUUUGCUUAUGCAGUUUGACAACUCAUUUGGUUUGGAACGUGAAUGUUGAAAGAGUUUUCUUAUCUACUUGUCAUCAAAGAUGCUUCUAUGAUAUUAUAAAUUGUAUUCCUAAAGGGUAUUGGUGCACUAGAUCAGGACUGAUUUAAUUUGCAAGAAGGGCAUGUGGCCAUACAUUAAGACCGAUUCUGUAAGCAUGGCUGCAUGGGGAUUGGAAAAUGCAGAAUAGAUACAUUUAAAAUAUCGGUAGCUAAUAUUUAAUAGCCAUGUGGCUGUGACAUAAAAAGAAUAAGGUAUACUAUCCUUAAUUAAAAAAGAUUUCCUUGAAUUCCGGAGCCUUAAUUGGAGGCCACAUAUACUAUCCUCGCCAGCUACGCGGUUGCAAAUUUGCAGUUGAUUAGUCAAUGGUAGACAGAAAUCUGAAUCGUUGGAUCUAUUGCCGUAGAAUAUGAAAGAAAAAUCUGUAGAAUAAUUGGGGUAUUCAUUUGUGAUUGUGCAAUUGAAUAGUAAUUACAAUUUGCAAGCCUCCCAGUCCCAGAAAAGAAGUGCAAUGGCGAAACACGUCAUGUCAUCAUCAUGUCCUAAGAAGUACGAUAUUUUCAUCAGCUUCAGAGGUGAGGACAUCCGCACCACGUUCAUUGGCCAUCUUCGUUCUGCUCUCUCUGGACCCAACAUCAAAGCAUACGCGGAUGACCAUGACCUUCAAAAAGGACAAGAGAUUUGGCCGUCACUGUGCCAAGCAAUCCAGGACUCACACUUUGCCAUCGUGGUAUUCUCCGAAAACUAUGCUGAGUCAAAAUGGUGCUUGAAAGAACUGGUGCAAAUACUGCACUGCAGAAAAACUCAGGGAUUGGUAGUCAUACCAGUCUUCUACCAAGUAGAUCCAUCCCACAUAAGGAAGUGUACUGGCACUUACGGGGAAGCAAUCGCAAAACACAAAGACAACCAAUCCGUCCAAGACUGGAAAGCUGCUCUCACUGAAGCUGCCAAUAUAUCUGGAUGGGACACUCGUAGCCGUGACAACAAGAAUGAGUCUCAACUAAUAGAGAAAAUUGUGCUAGAUGUAUCCGAGAAGUUGAGGUCCCCUUUUAAACUAAAAGAAGUAGAAGACUUUGUUCAAAUUGAAAAACAUUGUGGAGAAGUAAAACUGUUGCUGUCCAAAAACCAAGAUCAGUUACAAAAGAAUGUUCAUGUAAUUGGAAUUUGGGGUAUGGGAGGGAUUGGCAAGACAACUAUUGCCAAAGCCUUGUUUUCUCAACUCUUUCCACAAUAUGAUGCUGUCUGCUUCUUACCAAAUGUUAGAGAGGAAUCACAAAGGAUGGGACUAACAUCUUUGUGUGAUAAGCUUCUUUCUAAGCUACUUAAGGAAGGCCAUCAUGAAUAUAAUCUUGCAGGAUCUGAAGACCUUACGAGGAGGCUCGGCAAUAAAAAAGUUUUGAUUGUACUUGAUGAUGUGGAUAGUUUCAGUCAAUUAGAUACGUUGUAUCAACCAUGUAAAUAUGUAGGUCCAGGUAGUAAACUUAUUAUAACAACAAGAGAUAGGCAUUUGCUUAGAAGAAGAGUUGAUGUCACACAUGUCUAUGAGGUCAAGACAUGGAGCAUUGCUGAAUCUCUAGAGCUUUUUAGUGUACAUGCCUUCAAUGAAAGACGUCCUAAAAAGGGAUACGAGGAUCUCUCAAACAGGGCGGUAAACUGUGCAAGGGGAGUUCCAUUAGCUUUAGAAGUUUUGGGUUCUAAUCUUUAUUCCAGAACUACAGAAUUCUGGGAUGAUGAAUUGAACAAACUUGAGAACUAUCGGAAUGACAAUAUUCAAGAUGUCUUACAAGUGAGCUAUGAUGGAUUAGACGACCUAGAGAAGGAAAUAUUUCUAGACAUUGCAUUCUUUUUCAAAGGUGAACAUAAAAAAGAUGUCGUAAGAAUACUAGAUGCUUGUGAUUUCUACCCUACUAGGGGAUUAAAGGUCCUCGAAGAUAAAGCUCUUAUAACUAUUUCACAUUCUGGGAUGAUAGAAAUGCAUGACUUGAUAGAAGAAAUGGGUUUGAAUAUAGUUCGUGGAGAAAGUAAAGAUCCCAGAAACCGUAGUCGAUUGAGUGAUAUAAAAGAAGUUUCUGAUGUACUUGCAAAUAAAAAGGGAAGUGAUUUAAUUGAAGGGAUAAAAUUAGAUUUGUCUUCCAUUGAGGAUUUACACUUGAAUGCUGACACACUCAACAUGAUGACUAAUUUAAGAAUUCUUAGAUUAUACGUUCCUUCAGGUAAGAUAUCAAGAAAUGUGCACCAUUCUGGUGUCCCUAGUAAAUUGUCUGGUAAAUUGAGAUACCUCGAGUGGAAUGGAUUCCAUUUGAAGUCUCUUCCAGUAACUUUUUGUGCUAAGAUGCUUGUUGAGAUUCGAAUGCCGCACAGCCAUGUUACAGAACUUUGGCAGGGGGUGCAGGAUGUUGCGAAUUUAGUGCGAAUUGACUUAAGUGAAUGCAAGCACUUGAAGAAUCUUCCAGAUUUGUCUAAGGCGUCAAAACUUAAAUGGGUGAAUCUUUCUGGUUGUGAAAGUUUGUGUGAUAUUCAUCCAUCUCUUUUUUCUUUUGACACACUUGAAACUUUGAUGCUGGAUGGAUGCAAAAAGCUCAAGGGUCUUAAAAGUGAGAAACAUUUAACAUCUUUGAGGAAGAUCAGUGUCGAUGGCUGCACUAGUCUCAAGGAAUUCUCCUUGUCAUCGGAUUCAAUCACAAGCUUGGAUUUAAGCAGCACAAGAAUUGGAAUGUUAGACUCUACAUUUGAGCGUCUAACAAGUCUUGAGUCACUCAGUGUACACGGUUUGAGAUAUGGUAAUAUACCGGAUGAGAUAUUUUCCCUAAAAGAUCUUCGGGAGCUUAAGAUUUGUAAUUCUAGAGUAGCAAUUGACAAAGAGAAGCUACAUGUGUUAUUUGAUGGGUCAAGAUAUCUACGUCUACUACACUUGAAGGAUUGUUGUAACUUGUGUGAGCUCCCUGACAACAUCGGUGGCUUAUCAAAAUUAAAUGAGCUAAGACUAGAUGGUAGCUGUGUGAAGACAUUGCCAGCUAGCAUCGAGCAUCUCAGAAAACUGAAAACUCUGUCCUUAGAGAAUUGUAGGGAGCUUGGGAGUCUACCAAAGCUUCCACCAUUUAUCACAGAGUUUAAUGCCGCGAACUGCUGGUCAUUGACUACAGUAUCCUCUUUAAACUCUUCUGCAUUGGGAUUGAAAGGGAAGGGCAAAUUCAUUUCAUUCAAGAAUUGUGGUUGGCUGGAUGAACCUUCACUUCAUUGCAUUAUGGAGGGUGCCCUCGAAUUAACCGAGCUUGCGUCGUGUCAAAAUGAGAUUGUAAAAAUCGUAGAUGAAGCCAACACCAAAAAUUGUAAUAAUAAAUCUGUGAAGGUCUGUUUCCCAGGAAGCAAAGUCCCAAGCCAGUUCAAACAUCGAACAACAGACUCCUCAAUCACUAUUGGUCUUCCAUGUUACCGUAAUGGCCGUGUGGGAUUAACUUUGUGUGUGGUUCUUUCACGCUCCCGGGUUGCUGCUAAAAUCUGGUGUCAGUGCUACUUGGCAGAUGGCACUAAGUUGGAACCCGCCACUACGUGGUAUCAUGAAGCUGUCACGGAGUUGAAUUCUGAUCAUGUUUUUAUUUGGUGUGAUUCAAGCCUGUUUAACAGCAUUUUCGAAUCGGGUACACCAUUGGUUUUCUUUGAGUUCUUUGUUACAAAUGAUAAGGGGAAACGCGUGACCAUCGACACCCCAGAGUGUGGGGUCUGCGUAAUGUUUGAUUCAAAAGGUUAUGUGGCAAGUCGUCAAGUGUUGGAACAUAGUGCCAGUGUACUUGGUUUGGAGUUGAAUCACUACAUGGUGCAACAGAGAAGAAGUGCUAUGGCGAAACAAGGCAUGUUGUCAUCAUUGUGUCCUAGAAAGUACCAAGUUUUUAUUAGCUUCAGGGGUGAGGAUGUCCGCACCAGCUUCAUUAGCCAUCUUCGUUCUGCUCUCUCCCGGGACAACAUCAAAGCAUACAUGGAUGACCACAACCUUCAAAAAGGAGACGAGCUUUGGCCCUCAUUGUGCCAAGCAAUUCAGGAUUCAGAGCUUGCCAUCGUCGUAUUCUCCGAACACUAUGCUGCUUCAAAGUGGUGCUUGAAUGAGCUGGUGGAAAUACUGCACUGCAGAAAAUCUCAGGGCCUGGCAGUGAUACCCGUGUUCUACGAAGUGGAUCCAUCACACAUAAGGAAGUAUGAUGGCACUUGCGGUGAAGCAAUCUCAAAAUACGAGACAUAUUUUGGUGACAAAGACAAUGAAUCCAUCCAAAAGUGGAAAGCUGCUCUCGCUGAAGCCGCCCAUAUAUCUGGAUGGGACUCUCAUAGCCGUGAAUACAAGAAUGACUCUCAACUGAUAGAGAAAAUCGUGGUAGAUGUAUCCGAGAAGUUGAGCCAGGGGACCCCUUUUAAACUAAAAGUAGAAGACUUUGUUCAAAUUGAAAAACAUUGUGGAGAAGUCAAAUUGUUGCUGUCCAAAAACCAAGAUCAGUUACAAAAGAAUGUUCAUGUAAUUGGAAUUUGGGGCAUGGGAGGGAUUGGCAAGACAACUAUUGCCAAAGCCUUGUUUUCUCAACUCUUUCCGCAAUAUGAUGCUGUCUGCUUCUUACCAAAUGUUAGAGAGGAAUCAAGAAGAAUUGGACUAACAUCUUUACGUCAUAAGCUACUUUCUGACCUACUUAAGGAAGGUCAUCAUGAGAGGAGGCUCAGCAAUAAAAAAGUUUUGAUUGUACUUGAUGAUGUGGAUAGCUUUGAUCAAUUAGAUGAGUUGUGUGAACCAUGUAACUAUGUAGGUCCAGAUAGUAAAGUUAUUAUAACAACAAGAAAUAGGCACUUACUUAGAGGAAGAGUUGAUGACAGACAUGUCUAUGAGGUCAAGACAUGGAGCUUUGCCGAAUCUCUAGAGCUUUUUAGUUUGCAUGCCUUCAAUGAAAGACGUCCUAAAAAGGGAUACGAGGAUCUCUCAAACAGGGCGGUGAACUGUGCAAGGGGAGUUCCAUUAGCUUUAAAAGUUUUGGGUUCUAAUCUUUAUUCCAGAAGUAUAAAAUUCUGGGACGGUGAAUUGAGCAAACUUGAGAACUAUCGGAAUGACAGUAUUCAAGAUGUGUUACAAGUGAGCUAUGAUGGAUUACAUGACCUAGAGAAGAAAAUAUUUCUAGAUAUUGCAUUUUUUUUUAAAGGUGAACAUAAAGAUGAUGUCAUAAGAAUACUAGAUGCCUGUGAUUUCUACGCUACCAGUGGCAUAGAGGUCCUUGAAGACAAAGCUCUUGUGACUCUUUCAAAUUCUGGGAUGAUACAAAUGCAUGACUUGAUACAAGAAAUGGGUUUGAAUAUAGUUCGUGGGGGCAGUGAAGAUCCCCGAAACCGUAGUCGAUUGCGCGAUAUAGAAGAAGUUUCAGAUGUACUUGAAAAUAAAAAUGGAAGUGAUUUAAUUGAAGGGAUAAAAUUAGAUUUGUCUUCGAUUGAGGAUUUACACUUGAAUGCUGACACAUUCGACAGGAUGACUAAUUUAAGAAUUCUAAGAUUAUACGUCCCUUCUGGUAAGAGAUCAGGAAACGUGCACCAUUCUGGCGUCCUUAGUAAAUUGUCUAGUAAAUUGAGGUAUCUUGAGUGGAAUGGAUGUCGUUUGAAGUCUCUUCCAAAAUCUUUUUGUGGUAAGAUGCUUGUUGAGAUUUGCAUGCCACACAGCCAUGUUACAGAACUUUGGCAGGGGGUGCAGGAUCUUGCAAAUUUAGUGCGAAUUGACUUAAGUGAAUGCAAGCACUUGAAGAAUGUCCCAGACUUGUCCAAGGCGUCAAAACUUAAAUGGGUGAAUCUUUCUGGUUGUGAAAGUCUGUGUGAUAUUCAUCCAUCUGUUUUCUCUCUUGACACACUAGAAACUUCGACACUGGAUGGCUGCAAAAAUGUCAAGAGCCUUAAAAGUGAGAAACAUUUAAGAUCUCUGAAGGAGAUCAGUGUCAUUGGCUGCACUAGUCUGAAGGAAUUCUGGGUGUCAUCGGAUUCAAUCAAAGGCUUGGAUUUAAGCAGCACAGGGAUUGAAAUGUUGGACUCUUCAAUCGGGCGUCUAACAAAGCUCCGGUCACUCAAUGUAGAGGGUUUGAGACAUGGUAAUCUUCCAAAUGAGUUAUUCUCCCUAAAAUGUCUUCGGGAGCUUAGGAUUUGCAAUUGUAGACUAGCAAUUGACAAAGAGAAGCUACAUGUGUUAUUCGACGGCUCAAGAUCUCUAAGAGUACUACACUUGAAGGAUUGUUGCAACCUGAGUGAGCUCCCUGAAAACAUUUGGGGCUUAUCAAAAUUACAUGAGCUAAGACUAGAUGGUAGCCGUGUGAAGACACUGCCAACUACCAUCAAGCAUCUCAAGAGACUGAACACUCUGUCAUUAAAGAAUUGUAGGAUGCUUGAGAGUCUGCCAAAGCUUCCCCCGAAUGUCCUAGAGUUUAUCGCCACGAACUGCAGAUCGUUAAGGACAGUGUCAAUAUCAACUUUAGCAGAUUUUGCAUUGAGGACAGGGAAGGGCAUAAUCGUUUCAUUGCAGAAUUGUAGUAAUUUAUUGGAAUCACCUUCUCUCCACUGCAUUAUGGAGGAUGCUCACUUAGCAACCAAGAGUAUAGUGCUUAAAAAUAUGUUUUUGAAAGAGUUGUUUCGAGGCACAAACACCAGAAUUGAUAACUAUGACUAUGUGAAAAGGCAGUUCAAAUAUCAAACAACACCAUACUCCUUAGUCAUUGUUGAUCUUCCUUCUUCAAAAUCAGACUUUGUGGGAUUUGUUAGAAAUGAUAGUAAUUCUGACUUUGUUUGUUAAGCCUUUCUAAUAUAGGAAGUUAGUUGAUUAGUUAAUAAUGAUGAAAUCAAGUUGUUAGUGAGGGACCAAGAGGCAAAAUACAAUUCAGUCCUUGUACUUUUUGUAUAAAUACAGUUUCAUUGUUCUUUCAAUAAUAAUUUUUCAGAUUCUUUCA